AUGGCAAGAAGAGCAUUUAUAUCAAGACAUAUUGUUUUAUCUGAAGAAAACAAACCUGUUUUUGGGGCAAUUUUAAUUGAGGGAGAAACAAUCAGUGAAGUAAGAAAAUUCGAUAAAUUAAAGAAAAUUGAAAACGCUUUGCAAGAACUUCAAGACUGGGAUCCCAAAGUCUAUGAAGAUGCAUAUAUUUUCCCAGGGAUUGUAGAUUGUAAUGCCAAAACUAAUGGGGAUUGAGAAGGAAGGUCAUUUUUGACCCAAGCAGCUGUCUCUGGUGGAAUAACCACUGUUGUCAUUGAGCCAAGUCUCUGGCAGCAGCCUGAGCCUCAAACGGAAAAUUACUGUGAUUAUGGAGAGGUUGGACUGAUAAAUGGAGACUCUGUUUCAAUUGAUGGAGUUUUGGCUAUCAAAGGAUACCUUUAUAAGCCAACUCGCUAUGUAGAAGAAAUCCAGAACCUUGAAGGCUUGCUUUCAGAAGCUGCCAAAUCAGAUAUGCCAGUCAUAAUUGAUCCAUCUCUUCCAAAUCCUAGGAUGUUAUUCAUGGCAUCGCCAUGUAGAGCCUUGUCUCUUCAAAGAAGAAGCGAAAUUGAUGAUCUUUCGGAUAUGCAACACUUUGCUGGGGCUUUUCCAGAAAAUGUAAUUGACUCGGGAGAAAAUUCUCCUGUAGAGGCUGAGGUAGAAAAUGACUCAGGGUUAGAGAAAAGGCUUUCGCUGAGAGACAUAAAAAAGUCAGAAAUAGUGAGAACGCAGAAUCAUAGAAUUAGUUUGAUAUCUGAUGCGAAUAUUGUUGAACAUAAUGAUGGAGAGAAUAAAUUGGUAAGUAUUCGCAAAAAGUACCAUAGAAAAAAUCUGUCUGAUAUUUAUCAAGACUUACUCAAAAUAAUUAAUCAAAAUAAAUACUUAAAUUUAAGAAUUUUUCCUGAUUUGUUUAUAAUAAUUUUUAAAUAAUAUAAUUUAUAUAUCUGCAUUUUAAUAGAUCAUUAUUAGUAAUCCAUUUUAUAUUCUAAAAUAUAUUUGCACUUUAUAGCUUUAUUUUAAAAAGUAUAUAUCAAAAUAAUAAAUCUCCUUUUAAUGGAUUUAAGAUGACUAAUAAGACUAUAGAAAUAAAAUAGUGACGUUGAUAGAAAUUUGACUCCGAGGCGCAUUCUUUAUGUAGCAAUUAUAGCCUACCGUGAUCAAGCUGAAAGCAGGGCCUCUGUCCCUAUUCGAAGUAGGCCUUCAGGUAUGGGGAUGCCCUGCCAAAAAGGGAAGCGUUUUUUCUCUCCUGAAGGUUUUCUUGUCCCUGCCAGAAGAGCUAGAAAGGUUUUGCAUACCACAUAGUUUUUCUCUCACCUGGACUAUCGGGGCAUCUCACAGAUGGUGACUCUACCCAGGGAGCUGAUCACUGGACAGGUGAUUCAGGUUGGAAUCCAAAAGGGCUACCUUUUGGAGUUAAGGAAGGCAACGGCUAGUGGCUCGAUCCACUUAUGUUCAGCGUAAUUGUUUCAAAUAACUGACUAACUAACUAUUAAGACUAUAAUAUCAUCAUUAUAAAACUUUAAUAAAAUAAAAAUUUCAUAUAAUUUUAUCAAAAAUAUUAUUAAUUCCACAGGAAGUUAGAUAAGAGAAUUAAAGAGUCGCAAGACAACAUAGAACACUUAAGCAGAGCUGAGAUUUCUUUAUACUCAGAAGCAGGGACCACAUCUGGAGACAGCUUAAAUUCUCCCCAACUUCAGUCAAAUUUCCCAGCAGCUCACUCAUACCCUGACAUGGCAGCUAUAAAACCGCCUCCCUCUCUCCAAGAGCGCAGAAAAAUGCGGCCCGCCACUCUUAACGUAACAAAGCAAAAACCAAAAGAAGAGUCUUUAUACGUUAGAUACCUCGCAAACUGUCCAGAUUGCUGAGAAACAGCCGGCGUUGAAAGAAUAUUAAGAGCCAUGGAAGGUAUCAAGCACCGAGUCCACAUUUCUAGCUUAUCAUCUGCAAGAAGCGUAAACUUAGUCCGUCAAUUUAAAGAAACCUCAAAGUCCAUUACCUGUGACACGACUUCUUAUUUUUUAUAUUUCACCGACGUAGAUAUACAGAAUGGGGAUACACGAUUUAAAGCCCAUCCUCCAAUUAGAAGCAAUCUAAAUUGCAAUUUAUUAUGGGAUUUACUUAAAAUGAAAGCAAUAGAUAUGGUUUCUUCAGCUCAUAGCCCGAUUCUUCCAAUGUAUAAGUUUUUAAAUUUUGGAGAUUUUCGAAGGGCUUUGAGCGGUAUCAAUUCUAUGGGAUUUGCACUACAAGUACUAUGGACAAAACUAAGGCAGCCAGUCUUAUCAGCAUCUAGUCUUGAGCAUUAUAUUGUGAGGCUUUCUAAAUGGCUUUCAUUACACCCUGCGAAAUUUUUCAAAAUUGACAGUUUUAAAGGCUCAAUUUCGCCUGGAAAGCAUGCAGAUCUUGUUAUAUGGAAACCACACGAAACUGUGAUUGCUAAAAGCUACAGUAAGUUUCCUGAUAUGUGUGUGUUCAGAGGUAAAGAACUCUAUGGGAAAAUUGAAGAAGUAUAUGUGAGGGGUCAGCUGGCAUUCCAAGGAAACAAUUUUUAUCCUGUCGGGAGGAAGAUUGUCAGGUAA